AUUAGACUAUUAUUCUGUUUUCUAUUUUUAAGUUUUUGAAAAAUAGAAAAGAGUAUUUGGGCCCAAUACUUAAGUCUGUUUCUUCGUCUUCCUCCCUCUGCUUUGAGCCUUUGAGAGCGCCGUCGCCUUUUUACUCUCGCGCCUCUCAAAAUCGCUCAUCCUCUUCAUUAAUCUCUCCCAAGCAAAAGCUGCUUCGAUCUUCCUCCUCGUCCUCCCGUUUCUAAUUAGGAUUCAAUAAUCAUGUCCGAUGCAAAGGAGGAGAAAUCACAGGUUGCAGCCGACAGAAUCAAAGCCGCUGCACUCACCGCCGCCAAAGGUCUUAGCCGUACUCAAGCCGAGCGAGCAGCAACCGCAGCUGCUCGUAACGUCAACGCUUACGGGCAAAAGGAAGAAGGUCCUAGCCGAUGGCAGGAGAAACGGGAAGCCAAGAGGCAGAUGUACUUGAUGAGUACCGAGAAAGCCGUUAGGCUUGGGGAGAGGAAAGACAACAAGUCUGUGUCAGCUUCUGCUGUUGUUGGAGGAGGCGGUUCUCAGUGUCAGAAGUGUUUUCAGACGGGGCACUGGACUUAUGAGUGUAAGAACGAGAGGGUUUAUGUGUCGAGACCGUCGAGGACUCAGCAGCUUAAGAAUCCUAAACUGAGGACGAAGCCUUCUGUUGAUGAUCUUGAUGGUGGUGGCGAUGAUGGGAAGAUAGAGGUAGCGAAUGGGAAAGGAGAAGGUGAGAGGAGGGCUAAGAGGAAGCAGAGGUCGAAGUCUGAUUCUGGUAGUGAUAGUGAAGCAUCUGUGUUUGAAAGUAGUGAUGGGUCUGAGUCGUCUGGGGAGAGUGAUUCGGAGUACAGUUCGUCGUCUGAGUCAGAGGAGGAGAGGAGGAGGAGGAGGAGUAAGAGGACGAGCAAGAAGAAGAAGCCAAAGCAGAGGAAGGAAAGGAGGAGAAGGAGAAGAUACAGCUCUUGUUCUUCUUCAUCUGAGGAGGAGUCAUCUGAUUCAGAAUCAGGUUCUGACUCGGAGUCGGAUGAUGACAGAAGAAGCAGUAGAAAGAAGAAGAGCAAGAGGCACAGCAAACGUCGUUGAAUUGAGUGAGCUACAUGAAGUAACUCACACUGCUUUUCAUUUCUCAGCCGUUCAUGGCUUUGUGUUGUAUCACACACUCAUGGAUUUGAGAAUCUCUUUUAGUUUCAAUAGCUCUUUAGAGAAAGUUGUAAACCCCACAAGAAAAGUUCCACCAUAAAAUUAUUAAUCAUGUCAA